GAUAGGCAAUGGUUGAGGAGAUGGAUAUAAUUCAGGAUUGAGAUAGUUAUAGUAUGAUGGAGCAUGUACAGAAUCCCAGUAUGUUUUGUCUCAAGUGGACAUCUCAUUUUUUCAGAUGAUUGGAAAGUUAAGAAUUCAUAGAAGAGCGUCAACACAUGAAACAAAAAGCAGACAACAUGAUUGGGAAACCACUUUUGUUAACCUAUCUAUACCUACUGAUAUACAUAUUACUCUCAUCGGGAGUUAUUUUGUACAACAAGUGGGUUCUCUCUCCAAAGUACUUCAAUUUUCCUUUUCCAAUAACACUCACUAUGAUUCAUAUGGGAUUUUCUGGUGUAGUAGCAUUUUCUCUUGUUCGUGUCUUUAAGGUUGUUUCGCCAGUGAAAAUGACAUUUGAGAUAUAUGCGACUUGUGUGAUUCCCAUAAGUGCGUUCUUUGCAUCAAGCCUUUGGUUCGGGAACACUGCUUAUUUGCAUAUUUCUGUGGCGUUCAUCCAGAUGCUCAAAGCCCUUAUGCCAGUGGCUACUUUUCUCAUGGCUGUUGUAUGUGGCACUGACAAACUAAGGUGUGACGUGUUCUUGAACAUGGUGCUGGUCAGCGUUGGGGUUGUCGUUUCCUCAUAUGGGGAAAUUCAUUUUAAUGUGGUUGGUACAGCUUACCAGGUUACUGGCAUAUUUGCUGAAGCCCUUAGACUGGUCUUAACUCAAGUACUCCUACAAAAGAAGGGCUUGACUCUGAAUCCAAUCACCAGCUUAUAUUACAUAGCUCCUUGCAGUUUUCUGUUUUUGUUUGUUCCUUGGUAUUUACUGGAGCAGCCAGCAAUGGAAGUUUCACAGAUUCAGUUCAAUUUCUGGAUAUUUUUUUCCAAUGCUCUAUGUGCUCUAGCAUUGAACUUCUCAAUAUUCUUAGUAAUUGGUAGAACUGGAGCUGUCACUAUUCGGGUUGCUGGUGUUUUGAAAGACUGGAUUCUGAUUGCCCUUUCAACAGUAAUAUUUCCUGAGUCAGCGAUUACUGGACUCAAUAUCAUUGGCUAUGCAAUUGCUUUAUGUGGUGUAAUCAUGUACAAUUACUUGAAAGUCAAGGAUGUUCGUGCAUCUCAAUCUCUUGCUGAAAGUAUCCCUGAAAGAGCAUCUAAGGACUGGAAACUGGAGAAGAAGUCGUCUGAUCUGUAUGUACCUAGCAACAGUAAUUACUCUAACAAUGUAGGAAGCACUGAAGUGCAUAUCACUGCCUCUGACUCCCCUGUGGAUGAAGAAGCACCUCUGAUUCCAUCUUCUAGGCUGUCUCAUAUUGGACGAACUCAGAUUAGCAGGUAGCAGCCUCCGUGCUUGAAUUAAGAUGUGCAGCCUACUUAUAGGUCAAUUUUCGUGUAACAACUCAUUCUGAGAGCAGAAAAUUCAAGGAGAGAGAGAGAGAGAGAGGAAAUGUAGUAUAUUCCUUCUAUGAAGAGUCAUUCUUUGCCACUCAAAAUUAGAAGGUAAUUUGUUGUAGAAGCUUCAUAUUUUAGUAUGGGAACUCAAUGGAGUUUGUAAUUUU